UUUGACGAAACUUAUUUGUGCCCUCUUUUUUUAAAAUUUGAUUCAGUUCAUAAUGGUUAACGCUUGUCUUCUAGCCCUAUUCUGACUUUGUGCAGUUAUCACCGAUGCUCAAAUUAUUGGUGGACAGAUUUACACAGUUAUAAAUGCAACGGUAUCUAUUCCAUUGGCACAAGUUGCCAGCUAUCGCCGAGAAAUUCAAAAUGAGAAAGACGUUUGGGAGGAGCAUCUGUAUAGAGUUUGCAAUGGAAAGAAUAAGAAAACAUGUGGAUUUUGGGAAAACGUUAAGACGAAGAAGAAGGUGAAAUCGGGAAAAACAACCUACAACAAGAAUAAGAAGGUAUUAAUUGUCAAUAAAAUGAGCAUCUACGAUUUUGGAAAAUAUAUGACUGGAAACAAGAAGACAUCGAAGACUGUUGUGUAUGCUCCUUGGUUAUAAUUUUUUUCAACAUGUGUUUGAAUGAAGUACACUUAUAUGUACAUGUAUUGCUCAAUUGACAAUCGCUUUGAACUCUGAUGGGGUCUAGAAAAUGUUAUAUGUCAGAGACCAUUUGGGAAUAGUGACAUAUAACUUUUUUUUAAAGAAUGAAUAUAAGCACUUAGCUCUUUUAGAAGGAUUUGAAGACUGUGACAUUUUAAACCAUUUUUUUAUUUUUCCGUUCAGAAAAACCAGCGUUGUUCAUUUAACAAUUGGGAUUAACACCUACAAAAAAGUUGUUGCUAUAAAAAGUGUAGAUUUUCAGGGAUUAUGUGUUCAAAAAAUUGAUUGAACUCACUCGUGCACCCUUUUUUCAUUUACAUCAAAUUUGACCAUUUCAGUAAAAAAUGGUUAAGGUUUGUCUGCUAGCCCUAUUCUGUCUUUGCACAGUUGUCACCGAUGUUCAGAUGCUUGUUGGUGGACAGGUUUAUUCAAAACCAAAUUCAACGGUUACAAUUUCAUUACCACAAGUUGCCAAUUAUCGUCGAGAAAUUUAUAACAAUAAUGAUGCUUACGAUGAGCACAUCUACAGAGUUUGUAAUGGAAAGAAUAAGAAAACUUGUGGAUAUUGGGAGAAUGUUAAAACGAAGAAGAAGGUUCCAUCGGGAGUUACAACCUACAACAAGAACAAACAGGCUCUAGUCAUCAAAAAAAUAAGAGUUUCAGAUUUUGGAAAAUAUAUGACUGGAGACAAGAAGACAACAAGAACCGUUGUAAAUGCACCUUGGUUGUAAUUUUUGAAUUUUGUGUUUCAAUAAAAUACAUUUAUAUGU